GCUCUACUAUUCCUGAUGGUACUUUUCUUGCCAUCUGGAGCUGGAGCUGAGGAGAUUAUUGAUGGUGUUGAGGCUAGACCACACUCCUGACUACAUCUGAAGAUCAGCACUUAAAGAGGUUACACAGCCAGGUGUGUUGGGUUUAUCAUAACCUGUCAAUUUGUUCUGACUGCUGCACACUGUAAAGGAAAAGAAAUCACUGUCACCCUUGGAGCUCAUGAUGUGAGCGAGACAGAAUCAACACACCAUACGAUAAGAGUUGAAAAACAAAUCAUUCACCUAAAAUACAACUUCUAUUUCUAUCUCCAUAACAUCAUGUUACUGAAACUUCAACAGAAAGCCAAGGUGACUCCCACUGUGGAUGUAGUUCCCCUGCCUAGUCCCUCUGACUUUAUCAAGCCUGAGAAGAUGUUCUGGCCUGCUGGCUGGGGCCAAACUGGAGUGACAGAACCUACCUUGGGAUACACUAAGGUAGGUGAAACAGAGAUGGAUAAAGAAGUCUAUAAAAACUAUCCGCAUUAUGACUAUAACCUCCAGGUAUGUGUGGGCAGUCCCAGAAAGAACAGAUUGGCAUACAGGACCCUGGCCUGCAGACCAAAACGGCAGAGCAGACCGGGACAUUUUGGCCCCCAAGCAUGGGGCAAAAUGGUCCACAACAUAGUAGCUCCAAAGCAUGGGGCAGCACGGGUCUUGGGUCUCAACAUUUUGGCGCUCAACAAGAGGCAGCGGGAAUGA